AUGAUUCUAGACAAAUUCUGUUUUCCGACUCUGAAAGCGAGCCAUCCAUCGAUUGGAGUUGUCGUCGAAGAAAAGGACGGUAUUUUUCUAAUUUAUUCCCCAUAUGUGGAAAUGGACGAUGGACGCUUUCGAGUUCCUUAUAUGGACAUCAAUGGCGAACCUUUGAAAAUCGGAUACACGGUGACGUUUAAUCAAUUUGGAAUUGGCGAAAAUGCUGUCUUUUCCAUUAUCGGAAUUCAUCGAAGUUGGUGUCAUGCUUUAUACAGCAUUGGGUUUGAGCGACCGGAAGUUUUGGCAGCUCCCGAAUUUUACCUCGAAGAAAAUCUUCUCAAAAUGAAGUGCAACUUCUCGUUGUGCCCAAAUUUCAUAAAAAAUACAAAGAAGACAACGCAUGAAGGAGUUGCCCAGAAGAUUCUUCUGUCUCAUGUCGGCCUUGCACACGCGAUUGGCUUCGAAAAUGAGCUAGUGGCUAAAACAUUUUAUUGGUAUGGCACAUUCCAGUACGUCGGAUUUGGAAACGGAGCAAUGAACUUUGCUUCCGAAAUAGAACGGCGGCUAACAGACUGGUUAUCGAGUCCGUGGACAUCAAAUUAA